CCGCGCCGGAAGUGGGCGGCUGGGUGGCUCAGCUGGAAGGGGUGUGCGAGACUGGUGGCCGCUUCUAGGUCCCGCGCCUGCCAGGCUGGAGGGCGUGAAAAGGCGCGCAAUCGGACCUAAAGAGGAGGCCCCGCAUCCUGGGAAGGAGAAGUGCGGCCGAUCCCCGGCCAGGGCUUUCUCUCAGGGAAGAUGGCGGGGCCGGAGCUGCUGCUUGACUCCAACAUCCGUCUCUGGGUGGUCCUGCCCAUCGUUAUCAUCACCUUCUUCGUGGGCAUGAUCCGCCACUAUGUGUCCAUCCUUCUGCAGAGCGACAAGAAACUCACCCAGGAGCAAGUGUCGACAGGUCAGCUCCUAAUUCGAAGCAGAGUCCUCAGGGAAAAUGGAAAAUACAUUCCCAAGCAGUCCUUCUUGACACGAAAAUAUUACUUCAACAACUCAGAGGAUGGAUUUUUCAAAAAAACUAAAAGGAAGGUAGUGCCACCUUCUCCUAUGACUGAUCCCACUAUGCUCACAGACAUGAUGAAAGGGAAUGUAACAAAUGUUCUCCCUAUGAUUCUUAUUGGCGGUUGGAUCAAUAUGACAUUCUCAGGCUUUGUCACAACCAAGGUACCAUUUCCACUAACCCUCCGGUUUAAGCCUAUGCUACAGCAAGGAAUCGAACUACUCACAUUAGAUGCAUCCUGGGUGAGUUCUGCAUCCUGGUACUUUCUCAAUGUAUUUGGCCUUCGGAGCAUUUACUCUUUGAUUCUGGGCCAAGAUAAUGCCGCUGACCAGUCACGAAUGAUGCAGGAGCAGAUGACAGGAGCGGCCAUGGCCAUGCCGGCUGACACCAACAAAGCUUUCAAGACAGAGUGGGAAGCUUUGGAGCUGACAGAUCAUCAGUGGGCCCUAGACGAUGUCGAAGAGGAGCUCAUGGCCAAAGACCUCCACUUUGAAGGCAUGUUCAAAAAGGAAUUACAGACCUCUAUUUUUUGAAGACCGAGCAGGGAUUAGCCGUUUCAGGAACUUGGAGUAGUGCUUAACCUUGUAACUUUCAUUUGGCCUGGAGCCUCCCAGAAUAAAAAGGAGGAUGCAUGAGCUGGCGGGCGUGCGGCAAGGAUCGUUCUUAUCUGAGCUGGGUUCCCCUUUAAUGUCUGAAGCUAGAGGAAAUGAGGAGUGUGUGCUGGGAAAGAGCUACUUAAAGUUUCCUUCCGGUGACUAGUAAUGAAAGUCAGGGAAAGGGGGAAAAUGCAAGCUAGUGAUACUAUAUAAAAACUUAGCAAAAAUUCAAUCUAUGGAGGAAGAAUUGUCAAGUAUAACUAGUUAUUUUGUGCAGUCAGCCUGACUUCUAAUCACAGUAAAUUUCAGUUUUCUUGGGAUCCAAACACCCUGCAUUUUUACCUUUAGUGUUUUGUGUGUGUUAUUAUUUUUAUAGCUUUCUUUACAGAAGAAAUUUUCAUUAUCAAACAUUUUCAUUACCAAACAUUUAGAAAGUAUGGAUGAGCAAAUUGAACCUUUCUGUAUUGUUCAUUUUGAGCCUGUAGAAUGACAUAGAAGGCAAGUAUGUCAAAACUUUAUUCAAAUAAACUCUUUUCAGAGUGAAUACCCAGGGCCAGGACAGACUUAGCAAACCUACUAUAUCUCUUGAUACUGUCCAGUGAAAAUCAGUGACCCCGAGACACUGCUGGACUCUCCUUUGCCUUUGGGAUCAUCAACGACAGGUUAAAUAAUGUAGGCUCUUGAUUUGGAGUUCAGAAUAUAUCAACUCCAUUGAAAAAGCAAUGGUUCCUUAUAUGGCUACUCAGUUGAACUAAAGAGCUCAUUUCACAGUUAUUCUGGAUAAGGACAGAGUUUGCACAUCAUUGUAAAGACAGGAGAGAGAGAAGUUGCUGGCAGACACAAAGAUUAGGGUUGCCCAGGAAUAAUUCUGUCUGGAUUGUGUCCCAGGGAAGUUGCAGGGUGCCGUUUCUGUACCAAGAGGUGAAUGUAAUUUGCAUGUUGAACACUGUAAUCAAGAACAAACAACUCUUGACUCUACAGAUUAAA